GGCGUAUGACUCUUCCGCAGGCCAGUGAAGCUAGAUCGAGGCUUCUAUUCACUUGAUCAAGCUUCUGCCCAGCAAUUGAAUCACUAUGCCGUUCUUUCGACCCUCGACCGCCGCUUUGCGAAGCUUGCGCCGCUGCUACUCGACCUCGCCAGCUGCUCCUCCUACGUCUCCAUUCGCGCCUCGAAGCCUGCUCUCCAUAGCUGACCUCACCCCCGCUGAGCUCACUACUCUCGUCCGAAAUGCACAACAACACAAGACGGCAAUCAAGUCGGGGACUGGAGAGAUCCCACACUCUCUCCGCGCGGCAUUGGCAGGGAAGACCGUCGCAAUGACCUUCAGCAAGCGGAGUACGCGCACGAGGGUGUCGACGGAAGGUGCUAUUGCGAUGCUGGGAGGCUCACCCAUGUUCUUGGGCAAGGACGAUAUACAAUUAGGUGUUAACGAGUCCCUCUACGACACAGCCCUUGUCCUCUCCAGUAUGACGGCUGCCAUUGUCGCCCGUGUAGGCCCGCACUCUGACGUCGCGGAGCUCGCAAAGCACUCGACAGUCCCCGUCAUCAACGCACUCUCCGACCUAUACCACCCGCUCCAGAUCAUCGCCGAUUUCUUAACAAUAGCGGAGAUCAAUCCUUCAACGUCUUCCUCUUCUCUGGGCCUCGAAGGCUUGAAGAUUGCAUGGAUUGGCGACGCGAACAAUGUCCUGUUUGACCUUGCCAUUGGCGCAACAAAAUUAGGAGUAGACAUCUCAGUGGCAACACCAAAGGGCUAUGGGAUUCCCGCAGAGAUGCGUAGCGUCAUCGAACAUGCUGCACAAACUUCGCCUAGGGCUGGAAGACUCUUCGAAACCACCGUCCCCGAAGAGGCCAUCAAGAAUGCCGACAUUCUCGUAACAGACACCUGGGUAUCAAUGGGUCAGGAAGAGGAGUCGGCGAGGCGACUCAAAGCCUUCCAAGGUUUCCAAAUCACGUCCGAGCUCGCAAAACGCGGAGGCGCAAAGGAUAGCUGGUCAUUCAUGCACUGCUUACCUCGCCAUCCAGAGGAAGUCAGCGAUGAGGUCUUCUAUGGCCCUAGGUCAGUGGUCUUUAGGGAGGCUGAGAACAGGUUGUGGUCUGCCAUAUCUGCCCUAGAAGCCUUCGUGGUCAACAAGGGUAAGAUACAGUGACUAGAUCCGUGGUUCGAGUAGCAAUACUUGUCUUGGGGACUAUACUAAUGCACUGGUUUCAUGGAGCUUGGCUCGGUUAGCUGGAAGCUCCAGUAGUAGACCAUGGACCUUCGAGGAGAUGCACAUGCGAGCAGGAACAUGGAAUAUCAAAACUGUAUCAAGAAUUGAAAACAGUGGGUAUUUUAUUGAUGUAUGUCGAAGAUGGAGUACUGUGAUCAUUUCGAGCCGCCAUAAGAGGCCAUGCCAUGCGGCUCUCCCCCUUGGCCUUCUGGCGUGGGGUCGUGGUGCCGGAUCCGGUCGAUCCUGUGGAUACGUGGACACCAUUGCGAUGGUCUUCGGAUGAGCUUCCUAACAUGACUUUAGCGUGCCAUUGCUGGAGAUGUUGAGAAUCCAACAUGCGCUCUUCGACCCUGAGCGCGGCCGUGAAACGGGCAAGUCAGCUCAUAUAUCAAUGCUACAAAAUAUAACACAAG